AAGAUGGCGGCGGCCUUGGGGGAGGAGGAGGCGCCGGACAACGAGGACUAUUACUCGCUGCUGAACGUGCGGAGGGAGGCCUCUCCCGAAGAGCUCAAAGCUGCCUACCGCAGGCUGUGCAUGCUGUACCAUCCAGACAAGCACCGAGACCCCGAGCUCAAAUCGCAAGCCGAGCAGCUGUUUAACCUUGUUCACCAGGCUUAUGAAGUGCUCAGUGACCCCCAGACCAGGGCCAUCUACGAUAUAUAUGGGAGGAGGGGCCUGGAAAUGGAAGGAUGGGAGGUUGUGGAAAGGAGGCGAACCCCAGCUGAAAUUAGAGAGGAAUUUGAGCGGCUGCAGAGAGAGAGAGAAGAGAGGAGGCUGCAGCAGCGAACGAAUCCCAAGGGAACCAUCAGUGUUGGAGUAGAUGCCACUGACCUUUUUGAUCGCUACGACGAGGAAUACGAAGAUGUCCCGGGAAGCAGCUUCCCCCAGAUUGAAAUUAACAAAAUGCACAUCUCCCAGUCAAUUGAGGCCCCCCUGACGGCGACAGACACGGCCAUCCUUUCUGGAAGCCUCUCGACUCAGAAUGGAAACGGAGGCGGAUCCAUUAACUUUGCUCUCAGGAGGGUGACCUCUGCUAAGGGAUGGGGAGAGUUAGAAUUUGGAGCUGGAGACCUUCAGGGGCCUCUGUUUGGCCUGAAGCUGUUCCGUAAUCUUACUCCACGAUGUUUCGUCACGACCAACUGCGCCCUGCAGUUUUCAUCCCGGGGCAUCCGGCCCGGCCUCACCACCGUGCUGGCCCGGAACCUGGACAAGAACACCAUGGGCUACCUGCAGUGGCGGUGGGGCAUCCAGUCCGCCAUGAACACCAGCAUCGUCCGGGACACGAAAAGCAGCCACUUCACCGUGGCCUUACAGCUCGGGAUCCCCCACUCCUUCGCAAUGAUCAGCUACCAGCACAAAUUCCAGGAUGACGAUCAGACCCGGGUGAAAGGCUCCCUGAAGGCCGGCUUUUUCGGGACCGUGGUGGAGUACGGAGCAGAGAGGAAGAUUUCCAGGCAUAGUGUUUUGGGAGCAACCGUCAGUGUGGGCGUUCCUCAGGGAGUGUCUCUCAAAAUCAAGCUCAACAGGGCCAGCCAGACGUACUUCUUCCCCGUCCACCUGACAGAUCAGCUCCUGCCCAGUGCCGUGUUUUAUGCCACCGUGGGACCCCUGGUUGUCUACUUCGCCAUGCACCGUCUGGUCAUCCGACCCUACCUCAGGGCUCAGAAAGAGAAGGAACUGGAGAAGCAAAGGGAAAGCACCGCCACGGACAUUCUUCAGAAGAAGCAGGAGGCCGAGGCUGCUGUUCGGCUAAUGCAGGAGUCCGUCCGAAGGAUCAUUGAGGCAGAAGAGUCGAGAAUGGGGCUGAUCAUCGUGAACGCCUGGUACGGGAAGUUCGUCAAUGACAAGAGCCGGAAGAACGAGAAAGUGAAGGUGAUCGACGUGACGGUCCCCCUUCAGUGCCUGGUGAAGGACUCGAAGCUCAUCCUCACGGAAGCCCCCAAGGCCGGCCUGCCCGGGUUCUAUGAUCCAUGUGUGGGUGAAGAAAAGAGCCUGAAGGUCCUUUACCAGUUCCGAGGAGUUCUGCACCAGGUGAUGUCAGCUGACAAUGAGGCCCUUAGGAUACCAAAGCAAUCACACAGGGUGGAUGCAGACGGAUAGAGGUCCGGAGGAAACGAGGGGUCGGGGUUUCACUCCCCAGAAGCCGCCAAGUCUCUUCCCUUGGGAGUCGAUGAGUUCGGAAACACAGCGAGAGAAGCCCCACAGAUGUUUUUAUUUUAUACUAUUCCUGUAGAAGGUGGUAUCUUUACCAGUUCCGCGAAGGGACGCACAAACCCCACCACCCCCGGCUUUCUUGGGGACUGCAGCGUUAGGGCAACGACUGCCCCGGACCAGAGCCGUACAGCUGACAGUCGUCCGGCCUCUUGAGGACCACCUCCAACGGAGAGGGGGCCGUGGGGGCCCCAAGCCUUGUCCGUGAGCAUCAGGUUCUUUCGCAGGUGGCCCGACCGUAGCCCCACUGACCCAACUGCAUUGUCUCCUUUCCUGGGUAACGUGGGACAUCCCGUGCUCACUGGGUUCUGAGAGUUACUUUUCCCGAGAACCAACGGAAAAUGAAAUCCACACCCAGGAGAUUAGAGUUCUCUUGCCCAGCUUCCAGGAUCAAGAGCACGAGCCCCUCUCCCACAGCCCCUCCGCUUCCCAUUGGCAUGGUUUCUGGGAUGUAGGUUUGAAGUGGAUUCUGGAUCCCGAAUGUGCCAGCCCUACCCUGAGGGGGAUAGGUGGGCUUGGUAGGCCCUGACUGCUUUUCCCAUCCCCGGGGGCUCAGAGCACACUCCCUCACCCCGGCAUCUGUCCUCAGAGCCACCAUCACCGAGGCAACCAGAGCCCUGUGAAAGCCCACCCCUCUCGCCAGCAGCGUGGGAGAAAGCGGGGCUGUUCCCCGCCCAGAGAUGGCCCCCGACCUGCAGAGGGAGGAGGCGUUGGGUGGGCGGGGAGCGGGUCCCGAGGAGGGGGUGAAAGGAGAAAGCCAUGGUAAUGUUUUGGGGAUGUGCCAAACUAGAUGUGUGGAGGAAAUCCUACUGCCACUGCACCUAACCUCUCUGAAAGGGGCAGGGAGGUGAACCAAGCUGCUCUGGGCCCGUGCUGGGCACUGCUGCUCCUCCCCGGGACGGGACGGGGCGGGAGGGUGCGGCGGUGACUCCUCCCCUCGGUCACUCUGUUAAGGACCUGCCUUCUCGCCUCCCCUCCCCUCUUCUGUCCUGGAGAUGCAAAGGUACUAGAUGGGAACAACCACUGUACACUUGAAUAGCCUGGCAGAUUACCGCAGUAAACAAUCAUCUGACACGCAAACGGGCCUCUUGUCUUGGUCACUCCCCCCAGGGCCCUGCCCUCUUAAUAGACACGGAGUCACCUCAGCGGGAAUCGCAGGGGCACCAGAAUGCCCGGUCCCCCUCCCAACUCCUUGGCCCUUGGGAUCAGACUAAUCGGUAAUAGCCCCUUCCUUCAUCCCAGGCUCCGUUAUGGUUCCGGUUGUGGAAGUUCUACUACGUUCGCCUCCACUUCAAAACCGCCCCUCAGACCUGAAGCUACGACUGUCAAUUGUGCAAUAAACCUUGUGCUGACCGUACGCCCAGUUUCAAUAGCCGGGGG